AUGUCUGAGAACUAUGAUUCUCCACCCCAUUCUAACCCUUUCUCUCAAUGUCCGCCAGAUAAAGAUAGAGCCUCGUCUGAACCACGUUUGCUGCCUCUAUUUCCGGUAGAGGUGCCAGAUGCCCAUCAUUCUGGUUCUACUAAUUACCCUCUUAGUCUGCCUCAAUCACCCCAAGAAACAAUUCCAUCACAAUUGUUGUCCCCUCCAAUCCCAAGGGAACCUUUUUGUGGAAGUGUGUGUCUGAUUGGAAAGAGCCAACAUAUGGAAGAUGCCAUCUCUAUUAUUCCCCAGAUAUUAGGGUCACUAAGACCUUCUGCACCAUAUCAUCUGCAUUUUUACGGUGUUUUUGACGGACAUGGGGGAAGUCUUGUUUCAGGUUUUUGUCAGGCUCAAAUGCAUCAAAUGGUGCUAGAAGUACUUCUGACACGAACAUCUGAAAUACAGGGAAUAGCAACUGCGUCCGUAGACUGGUGGGACAUACUAAUGACGAGGAGCUUUAGAAAUAUGGAUGGGUUGGUACUUAGGACUUGCCCUUGUGGGGAACUUGGGGUUAACUGUGGAAACCAUUCCACACAAACACAGUCACAAUAUUCUGAGUUUGUCGGAUCGACAGCUGCAGUGGUGCUUCUGUCAGAUAAUCAGAUUAUAGUAGCUAAUUGCGGAGACUCGGGUGUUGUUCUAGCUAACAAUGGAAAUACUGUUCCACUCACCCAUCCUCAUAAGCCUGACUGUCCGGACGAAUGGGCAAGGAUUGAAGAACUUGGAGGACCAAUAAGUAGAUCUACUGAUGGGAGAGUCAGAAUCAAUGAUCAUUUGCUAACCACCACUCGCGCAAUUGGAAAUAGGCAUCUAAAAAAGUAUCUCAUUCCGGACCCGGAAGUUACCUUGAGAACGAGGGAUUCUAAAGAUGAGUUCUUAAUCAUUGCUAGUGCUGUGUUCUGGGAUGUGGUUUCAACUGACACAGCUUGUCAUGUGGCCCGGGGUUGUUUCCGCCACUCCCAUCCACCUUACUAUGCUAAUGCCGACGAUGCAAAUGGUGAGCCUCAUCAUUUUGACACUUUAGUACCAUCUCUGUCCUUAAUGUAUCCAUCACCAAGUGCAACAGCAGCCGCAAUACUUUCCCGUAUGGCUGGUAUACGAGGAAGUGAAGAUAAUAUAAGCGUGAUUGUUGUUGAUCUCAUGAACAAUAGGUCUUGA